UCGUCACUGUCACUGUCACUGACAUAGUAAAGUGAAAGUCACAGCCGACGGCAAAAUAUCUAUAAACCAUAAUAACCGUUAUAACAAUUGCAAUCGCUCAGCUUAAGUGACAGUGAAAAGUGCAUUUGAAGCAGUUAGAAUCCUUAUUAAGAUCCUUUUUGUUGCAUAUUUUUUAUUGUUUGCGACGAGAGAGCGCGCGUGUUUCUCUGUGUCUAAUCCUUGUGUGACCCUUAGACAGCAGCAGCUACAGUAAGAGCAACAACGGCAACAGCAACAACAUUAAAUAACAUAACAACACUGUUUUUGUGUGCAUUGUUUUUGGAGUGAAAACUAGCUCCUCAAAAGAAGAAAAACAAAAUUUUGUAAACAAAAAAAAAACAAACGAAAAACAUACACUUGCUGUACGCCUCAAAAUUACAACGCCAACAGCAGCAGCAGCAGCAGCAGCGGCAGCAGCAACAGCAGCAGCAGCAGCAACUAAAAUGUUAACGGACAUGACACCGACCGCCGGUCAAUUAUACGGCUCACAGAUUCCGGCUAUGGCAGGCAUGAACAUCACAAACAUCGCGACACAUUUGCAGAAGCCGCAAGUCAAUCCGGACCAUCCCAGCCUGCGCGGUACACCAUUAGCCAUGCUGGCUGCCCAGUGCAACAAGCUGUCGAACAAAUCCCCACCGCCGCUCGCCGAUGCGGCCGUUGGCAAGGGUUUUCAUCCAUGGAAGAAGAGCCCCAACUCUCCAGCGGCUGGCAACAGUGGUGGCGGCGGCGGCGGCGGAGGUGGAGGUGGAAGCACAGCCAGCGGCAGCAGCAGCGUCGGACAGCAUUCACCAUGCGCCAUCUCAGCAGCCAGUUCGUCCAGCUCCAGUGGCAGUGGUAGUGGUGGCGGCGGUGGAGGCGGUGGCGGUGGCCAAGGAUCACGCAGCCUCUCGUCCAGCGCCAACAGCAGCACCAUGGUCAACAUUACUGCUAGCAUAUAUCCUUACAGUCGCCCGCUCGCCUCGUCCUGCGCGGCCGUUGGCAGCUCGGCCUCCGCAUAUGGCAGUGAUUUAUACUUUCCGAACACAUCCACAUCGACGGCCAGCAUGGUGGCGGACAAUCACCACAUGCAUCAGGGCCUCCUGGGCAAGGUCGAGGGUGCUGCCUUUGGAUCGGUAUACUCUCGUCAUCCAUACGAUUGGCCCUUCAAUGCGGUGACAGCAUCCGCCCACAAGGCAGCCGAGGCAGCCAGCGUCAAUUCGGGCUGGUGGGAUAUGCAUAGUGCUGCCGCCGCUGGCAGUUGGCUGGACAUGGGCAGCGCUGCUGCCGCCGGGAUGCACUCGACAAUGGCCAACUAUGCGAGUGCCGCAGCAGCUGGAACAGAUUACAGUUCAGCACUGUCACAUUCGUUGUCAAAUACGGCACACUUGCUGGGAUCGGGACAGCAUCUGCUGCAGGACACAUACAAGAGCAUGCUGCCGGGUCAGGGCGUUGGUGGCUUCUCGCUGCCACAUAGCUCACCGUCGGCGGCAUCUACGGCAGCAUCGCCGCAGGCAUCAACGCCAUCGACGCCAUCGCCACGCUCGCAGCGACGCUAUGCGGGCAGAGCGACCUGCGAUUGCCCGAACUGCCAGGAGGCGGAACGUUUGGGGCCGGCUGGCGUGCAUUUGCGUAAAAAGAACAUCCAUUCUUGCCACAUACCCGGCUGUGGCAAGGUGUACGGCAAGACGUCGCAUCUGAAGGCCCAUCUGCGCUGGCACACCGGCGAGCGUCCCUUUGUGUGCAACUGGCUGUUCUGCGGCAAGCGUUUCACACGCUCCGACGAGCUGCAGCGGCACUUGAGGACGCACACCGGCGAGAAGCGCUUUGCUUGCCCUGUGUGCAACAAGCGUUUUAUGCGCAGCGACCAUCUGGCGAAGCACGUGAAGACGCACAACGGUACGGCGCCGAAUGGCAUUAAAAAGGGCUCCUCGGAGUCGUGCAGCGACUCUGAGGAGGCAGCCAAUCAGUCGGGUGAGUCGAACGGGCUGGGCGGCGCGACCAGUGGCCAACAACAGACGGGCGCAGUUGGCGGCGGCGGGGGUGGCUCGGCCAGCUCCUCAAAUUCCGGCACUGGCAGCGGUGGCAACAGUGCCAAUGCUACCAAUGCCGGCAAUCGAGCUGGCAGCCAUCCCGGCACCCCAACCUCGCUGCAUGGGCACAGCGCCUCCGGCACGUCCAGCAGCCUGCUGGGCGGCGGUCUGCACCUGGGCACGCCGCACCAGAUGGUCGCCGCGGGCGGGUCGCCGGUGAUGCUGCAUCAACAGCACCAGCAGCAACAGCAACAGCACUCGCACCAGUCGGCACAUCAGCAACAGCAACAGCAGCAGCAGCAACAACAGCAGCAGCAGCAACAACAACAACAACAACAGCAACAACAGCAACAGCAACAACAGCAGCAACAGUUCUCGCAGCAGCAACAAUCGCAUCCACAUGCUCAUCUACAUCAUCAUCAUCAUCAUCAUUUGGUUGGUGCAUCGGCACCUAGUCCCGGUUUGGAUCAUCGACUCGAUCAUAGUGCUCUGGUUGAUAUAAAGCCACCGAUGGUUUGAGGUUCGCUGGGACCCUUUCUGUUCACCAACUGAACAGAAAUGGGUUCCUGGUCGCAGCUCAAAUUUCAGACGCUCUGCAGCGUCAUCAUACGCAACAGUAUGUAGUGUGGACGCGGAUGCGGAAGCGGAAGUGGGAGUGGAGGUGGGAGUGGAAGUGAGAGUGGAAAUAGAUGAUGCAUCGAAACGCUAAAACAGCUUCAAAAAUCCUUUUGUAUGGAAUUACGAUUUUUCUUUCGUCAAAUGCGUCAAGUUUUUUUUAGGUUCUCGAUACAUAUAAG